CGAAAGCACCAAUUGCUUCCCGACUUUCCUGUGUCGUCAUCUGUGCGUGCCCCGGUUUCAAAACUCUGAAGGAGCGGCUGCUUGAGAUACGCAUGCGCGAGUGUCUUGGUAGUCCCACGCUUCCCCAGUUUGCCUAAGCUGCCUCUGGUUUCGAGAGAGGGUGGUUUGAUCUGCGGCCGUUGCUAUGGGUAAACCGGCUUCCAGCGGCCGGGGCGAUCCUGAGACAGAACACCGGGGCGACAAGAAGGUUAAGGCCCACAGCGACAAGGAAUCCAGACCCCGCACCGACCCGGUAUUGAAUUUUGAGCGAUGGAAGAAGAAACACAUCCGCAAACAGAAAAAGAUGAAGGAGCUGAGGAAGCAGCUCAAGAAGCCCGAAUGGCAAGUGGAGCGGGAGACCAUUGGCCGCCUGACCAUGGAGUACGAGAAGAUAAAUGUGAAUGAAAUUAUGCGAUUUUCUGAUUUCCCCUUGUCCAGAAAAACAUUGAAAGGCUUGCAGGAAGCACAGUAUCGGAUGGUGACAGAGAUACAGAAACAGACCAUUGGCCUGGCUUUGCAGGGUAAAGAUGUGCUUGGAGCAGCAAAGACAGGAUCAGGCAAAACUCUGGCAUUUCUUGUCCCUGUUCUUGAAACAUUAUAUCGUCUACAGUGGACGUCAGCAGAUGGAUUAGGUGUUUUGAUAAUAUCACCUACUAGAGAGUUGGCAUAUCAGACUUUUGAGGUGCUGCGAAAAGUGGGCAAGAACCAUGACUUUUCAGCUGGACUCAUUAUUGGUGGAAAGGAUCUAAAGCAUGAAUCUGAGAGGAUCAAUCAAAUAAAUAUACUAAUUUGCACGCCUGGGCGACUUCUUCAACACAUGGAUGAAACCACAUAUUUUCAUGCGACCAAUCUCCAAAUGUUGGUACUUGAUGAAGCUGACCGAAUCCUGGACAUGGGUUUUGCUGACACAAUGAAUGCCAUUAUAGAAAACCUUCCCAAGAAACGUCAGACUUUGCUUUUCUCAGCAACACAGACCAAGUCUGUGAAGGACCUUGCACGUCUAAGCUUGAAGGACCCUGCUUAUGUUUGGGUCCAUGAAAAGGCAAAAUAUAGUACUCCAGCCACUUUGGACCAGAACUAUAUCAUUUGUGAGCUGCAUCAAAAAAUCAGCGUGCUUUAUUCCUUCCUGAAGAGUCAUCUGAAAAAGAAGAGUAUCGUGUUCUUUGCUAGUUGUAAAGAGGUUCAGUAUCUGUUCCGAGUCUUCUGUAGGCUACGACCAGGUAUUUCCAUCCUCGCUCUUCAUGGCAAACAGCAGCAGAUGAGAAGAAUGGAAGUCUAUAAUGAGUUUGUCCGCAAGAAAUCUGCAGUGCUCUUUGCUACUGACAUUGCAGCAAGGGGACUAGAUUUUCCAGCUGUGAAUUGGGUCCUUCAGUUUGAUUGUCCAGAGGAUGCCAACACCUAUAUCCAUAGAGCUGGCAGAACAGCUAGAUAUAAGGAAGGUGGUGAGUCAUUACUCAUUUUGCUCCCCUCUGAAGUAAAAGGAAUGGUUCAUCAGCUUUCCCAGAGGAAAGUUCCUGUGAAGGAAAUCAAAAUUAAUCCAGAAAAGCUUAUAGAUAUACAGAAGAAACUGGAAGCAUUUUUAGCCCAAGAUCAAGACCUAAAAGAACGGGCUCAAAGGUGUUUUGUAUCCUACCUGCGGUCAAUAUAUCUAAUGAAGAAUAAAGAAGUGUUUGAUGUGAACAAGUUGCUUCUACCUGAAUAUGCCCUUUCUCUUGGACUAGCUGUGGCACCACGGGUGAGAUUUCUUCAGAGAAUUCAGAAAACAAUGACUAAUGAAUCAUUGAUAAACCAAACAGAUGAAAACAAAGAUGGAAGGAAACAUGUUACUUCUUCCCUCACCAAUGAUGAAGUGGAGGAAUUUAGAGCAUAUUUCAAUGAGAAAAUGUCUAUCCUCCAGAAAGGAGAGAAGAAAUCUGGAGAAAAAGACAAACAGAACCUAGCAAAUGCUCUUGAUAAAGAAGAAAAUGGGGAGGAAGAAAAGGAAUUGGAGGAAGAAAUUAGACAAAAGAACGUAGAAAAAGUAAAGGAGUCUGAAGUACAAGCUCUUUCAGCUACCAAUGAGACUUCAAAAGACAAAGUGAUUUCUGUACAGUCUUUAGAUGGAGAUGAAGAGGAUGAAGAUGGUCAUGAUGCUGACUUCUUUAGAGUGAAACGACAUAAUGUAUUUGGAUUGGACCUUAAAGAAACCACUAUACAGAAGAAAUCAUCUAAUUCUAGUAUCAAGAAAAAAGCAACCAAAGUGACAGAAGCAAAAAAAGUGAUGAAGAGGAAGUUUAAAGUAAAUACAAAAGUCACCUUUACUGAAGAUGGGGAGUUAGUUCAGCAGUGGCCACCUAUACAGAAAUCCAUUGUGAACAAAACUGAGGAAGAGGAUGAAGGACCUGGCAUUAAUUUAGAGAAAGCAAAGGAAAGGCUGCAAGAAGAGGACAAAUUUGACAAAGAAGAAUACAGAAAGAAAAUUAAAGCAAAGCAUAGGGAAAAAAGGCUUAAAGAGAAGGAAUCCAAAAGAGAAGCCAGAAAGAAACAAGUAAAGGCUCAAGAUGAAGAGGAGGAAGCCUUUCUCGAUUGGAGUGAUGACAAUAGUGAAUUUGAUCCAAGCACACUCCCAGAUCCUGAUAAGCCCAGAAGCCAUGAACAAACAUCUGAUGAUGAUAUGGAAGAUGAAGAGGGUGAAACAAGGAAGAUGGGAGGAGUGAGGAAGAGGAACAGAAAUGCUGGUAAAGAAGAGAUGAUUUCAAGUCAUAAGUCAAAAAAGGCCAAGUGGGAAAAUGUGGAACCAUUGGAUACAGGCCUUUCUUUGGCAGAGGAUGAAGAGCUAGUGCUGCAUCUGCUCAAAAGUCAAAGUUAAUUCUUUCCAUCCUAAUGACCAGGAUUCCAUGGUACAAAAGGUACAAGAGUUCCAUACAUGGACACGUUCCAUGCCCAAAGGAUCCUUUCUCUUGAGAACAAACAAAAUAUGUAACUAGAGGCAAGGGAUUAUUUUCCCUUAUCUAAGUAUUUGAUGAGUUUUGAAAUCUUUGAACCAGCAUGAAAUUCUUCUGAGUUAACACAUUUUAUAAGUUGGAAGUUUUGGGGGGGUUUCCAUGUUGUUUCUGGAGUUGUGAAAUUUUUUGUUGAAACUUUAUUAUAAAUUCCAAUCUUGCUAGAGAUAGUCAUUUCUACGUAUUAGACAAAGUUAUCAUCCAUUUGGAUAGGUUUAAUAUUGCCAAAAAUAAAGAAGGCAUUAUAAUGAACCAAUCCUGAGAGAAUGUGGGUUUUUUUUAAGAUGAUGGUAAACAAUAAAGUUAUUUCUUACAGAAUAAA